AUGUCCGGAUUUUGCAGCCAGCCUAUCCAGACGCAGCCCUGGGGAAAGAUGUGGGACCAUCCGGUGUCGCUGAUCAGCGUGUACGCUGGAUUUUACCUAGCCAUUGUGUUCCUCUCUCUGAGCAUAGCAUGUGGGCUGUACUACCUGGCUGAGCUGUGUGAGGAGUACAUCAUCACGGCGCGGAGGAUCAUCGGCCACGCCAUCAAGGCGGAGUUGCUGCUGCAUGCGCUGCUUCUGUAUGAUCGCCUGCCGCUGCUGUGCCUGGCUGUGGGCAUUGUGACGCACCUCUCCUACCUCCGCCUCCUCAAGCCCUUCCCCUACAUCGAGCUCACCUCGGCCAGCGGCUUUGCCAGCCUGGGCCUGCUGGUAGCCAGCUCCGUGCUGUGGACCAGGCACUUCCUCACUUCGUUUUACACUGUGGAAUACAUUGCCGCCUUCAUGCUGGUCACCACCGGCCUCGUCCCCUUUGCAUUCUUUCUGGGCAUGAGCGGAGACAACGCGGUGCUGCCGGGGUACAACUUGCCCUCCCCCAGCAGCAGCGGCUCGCUGCAGCGCACCUCCAGCAGCCUGCAGCGCACCUCCAGCAGCCUAAUGCGGGCGGCCACGAGCCCGGGGGGGCACGGCAGCCACGCGGGCCAUGGGCAGCACAAGAAGCGGCGGGGCCUCAUGCUGGGCAUAUUCGACGCAAUCAGGCGCAAGCGCGACCAGGUCAUGCCGGACAUCGUCAAGCAGCUGCCCGACUCGACGCACCUGCUGAAAGAAAAGAUUUGA